AUGAAUAAAUUGAUACCAGCCAUAGUGUCUGACAUUGAUGGAGUUUUGAUUAGGGGGAAAUCGACCAUUCCAAAUUCAGACAUUGUCGUUUAGGAAUUACUGAAUUGUUAUUACUCAAAUGGAGAAAUGCAUAAUAUUCGGAUUCCCUUUUACUUAUUGACUAAUGGAGGAGGAUGCACAGAAUUGGAGAAGGCCAAUUCUUUGAACAGGAUCAUGGGUUCCAAUUUUAAUAGGCAUCAUAUCUUUCUGAAUUACACUCCUCUAAGACCAAUAAUGAAUGAAUAUUAGAAUAAGCUAAUAUUGCUCUGUGGAGCAGGCCACCUAACAGAAAUAGCCAAGGAUUGCGAUUUAAGAUAUUUUUACACUAUAGAUGAAUAUUCGGCAUUGUUUGAUUAGGUUGAAUUUAAAUAAUAUGAUGAUGGGGUUAUCCAACAAUAUGAGGCUGAUAUUAAGUAAAGAAACAUGGAAUAGUUGAAAAAUCAGUAGAUUGAGGCAGUGUUUAUUGUGUUUGAUCCGAUAAAGUGGGAAGAGAGCAUUUAGACAAUAUGUAAGUUGGUUAAAGAGAAGAAGGAUUUACCUAUUUAUGUGGUGAAUAACGAUGUGACUUAUGCGGACAAUUUUAAAUUACCUAGAUUGGCAUUUGGAACAUUCACUAAUGCACUCAUUUCUAUUCUAAAAAAAGAAUAUAAUAUAAAUCCAAAUAUCAUUUAUUAUGGAAAACCAUCUCUUAAUACAUAUAAAUAUGUCUAAGAAUAUAUACAUGAAAAACAUGACAAUAUCGGUAAUAUAUAUAUGAUUGGUGAUAACCCUGCUAGUGAUAUAAGGGGAGCAAAUCAAAUUGGAUGGCCAUCAGUAUUAGUGAGGAGCGGUGUGUUCAGAGGAAGGGAGAAUGAUCCGCAAGAUCCUGGGAAAUAUGUGGUGACAGAUUUAAUGGAUGCGUACAAUAAGAUAUUGCAAUUGGAAGGCUUAAAAGUUGUUUAAUGA